GUUGUUACAUUUCUCCUCAAGUUACAUUUGUAGUUUGACAAUGGACUUAAACAGUCUAAUAAAAAGUAAAAAAUUACACUUAAAAGCUUGUAAAACUAUUGUAACGAACAUGCUUGGUCAAAAGUAUGAAGAGAUUAAUGGAGAAAAGAAAGAAUUACCCCCUGGAAUACCCUUUGUGAUAGAUAGUAAACCUGAUUUAGAGAUUGCAUGUGUAAUGCCUGGAUUAUUUCUAAGUUCGCAAGAUCCUGUUGUAUGCAAAGAGCUUUUAGAAAAAUACGAAAUUCGACAUAUUUUGAGCAUAGGUAUUGUCGCGCCUGUAAAAUUUAAUGAUAUGAAAUAUUACCAUUGUGAUUUGUUAGAUGUACCCGAGUCGAAUCUACUUAUAGCAGUGAACGAAUGUAUUAAAAUCAUACACGAAAAUCGUAAUGAAAAUAUUCUUGUACAUUGUAAUGCUGGUGUAUCACGUUCGCCAGCCAUCGUUAUUUCUUAUUUAAUGGCUCUUGAAAAUAUAUUUUACGAUGAUGCUUAUAAUAAAGUAAAAAUGAUAAGAAACUGCAUUAAACCCAAUGAAGGAUUUGUAAAACAAUUAAAAACAUUACAACUCCCGUUUGUAUUAUAA